AUGGAGCGAGGCCUGACAUAUCGUGACCUUCUGGCGGAGGCACAAUCGAAAAUCGACGCAGAUCUCGGUAUCCCCAUCCAGCGGACAUCGCUGACAGGAGCAAAGAUCCUCGUUGUGGCCGGGUAUGAAAAAGAGGUAAAGGUGGACCUGCUGGCUGAGAAGCUGCGGGAAAUCUUGCCCACGCGAAGAAUAACGGUGACAAGACCAGCUGUCACCGCCGCGAUUCGCAUCAGCGGUUUUGAUGACUCCGUAUCCCGGGAGGAAGCAGCUGCAGAGCUCGCCAAGGUUGGAGAGUGCUCCGUGGACGCCACGAAGAUCGGCGAAAUCAAGCCAGGCCCCGGAAGGAUGGGCCAGGUUCUCGUCCGCUGCCCAAUCGCAGCGGCGAAGAAGAUUGUCGCAGUGACGAAGCUGCGUAUCGGGUGGAGCGUUGUUCGCGUCCGCCUGCUGGAGACCCGGAGGCUACAACGCUUCCGCUGCCACGCGCUGGGUCAUGUGGGCGCCCUGUGUCCGUCGUCGGUUGACCGCAGUCACGACUGCUACGGUGCGGACAGACCGGCCACGUGGCAUCCGGGUGCACGCUGGCACCGCGCUGCGCCGUCUGCGCCUCCGCCGGGAGACCAGCGGACCACACUUCGGGGGGCAAGGCCUGUGUAA